AUGGAAGGAGAAAACACAUUGAUUAAAGAUGUGCCUAUAUUGGAAAUGGAGGAGGAGGACCAAAAUGAUGGAUCUGAUCUAGAUGAUUCAGAACAUGAAGACACAUCGGAUUACACUUCCAACGAUUCCAAUAGCAAUACAGAUACUACAAAGAAAACAAGGAAGAGGGGAUUGAUUCGAUUGCCAAAGUUUGCAAGGAAGUAUAGAUCACAGUUACCUAGUUAUCUGGGAGACUUAGUACGGGAAAGGGUAGGAGUUAGUGUUUUCAAUUGGAAGAAGGUAGCAAAAGAAGUCAAGGAAAAACUAUGGGAAGAGAUAACGGAUACGUCAAGAAAGGCGAAAGUAGCACGUUCGAAGUCGAAUUAUAAUCACCGGAUGAGACGAGGAGGAUAUACGGCUCUAAGAGAGAAACUGAUGGAACAUGAAAAACAAAUCAAAGAUGGAGAUGUGAAGCUUGAUCCUAGGAUGGAUUCCAUGACACUAGUCUUUGGCAAGGAAAAUGGUGGAUUCUUAAAAGGGGUUGGCACAGGAGUGACUGCUAACAAAUAUUUCCACAUUCCUAGAACCAAAGGAUCUUCAAAAGAACAAAUUGCGGACCUAAAGUUUGAACUACAGAAUGAGAGACUUGAGCUGCAGAAAUAA